GUUGAAUCAUUUAUUUUGGACCAAGAAGAUUUGGAUAACCCAGUCCUUAAAACGUCAGAGAUAUUCUUAUCAAGUACAGCAGAAGGAGCUGAUUUACGCACAGUGGAUCCAGAGACCCAAGCAAGACUGGAAGCAUUGCUAGAAGCAGCAGGAAUUGGCAAGUUGUCAACUGCCGAUGGUAAAGCUUUUGCAGAUCCUGAAGUACUCCGGAGACUGACAUCUUCAGUUAGCUGUGCCCUGGAUGAAGCUGCUGCUGCACUGACACGAAUGAGAGCAGAGAACACACAUAGUACAGGACAAGUGGACACUCGCAGUCUGGCAGAAGCUUGUUCAGAUGGAGAUGUGAAUGCUGUUCGAAAAUUGCUAGAUGAAGGCAGAAGUGUAAAUGAACACACAGAAGAAGGAGAAAGCCUCCUAUGUUUGGCUUGUUCAGCAGGGUAUUAUGAACUGGCACAAGUACUACUAGCUAUGCAUGCUAAUGUUGAAGAUAGAGGGAAUAAAGGAGAUAUAACUCCUCUGAUGGCAGCUUCCAGUGGAGGUUAUUUAGAUAUUGUGAAAUUAUUACUUCUUCAUGAUGCAGAUGUCAACUCCCAGUCAGCAACAGGGAAUACUGCACUAACUUAUGCCUGUGCUGGAGGUUUUAUUGACAUUGUAAAAGUGCUGCUUAAUGAGGGUGCAAAUAUAGAAGACCAUAAUGAAAAUGGACACACGCCCCUAAUGGAAGCAGCCAGUGCUGGUCAUGUGGAAGUUGCCAGAGUUCUUCUAGAUCAUGGUGCAGGCAUCAACACUCAUUCUAAUGAGUUCAAAGAAAGUGCUCUAACACUUGCCUGCUACAAAGGCCAUUUGGAUAUGAUGGACAUGUAGAAGUGGCACGUUUGCUUUUGGACAGUGGUGCUCAAGUGAAUAUGCCUGCAGAUUCCUUUGAGUCUCCGUUGACUCUAGCUGCUUGUGGCGGACAUGUUGAAUUGGCAGCACUGCUUAUUGAAAGAGGAGCAAAUCUUGAAGAAGUUAAUGAUGAAGGAUACACACCCUUGAUGGAAGCUGCUCGGGAAGGGCAUGAAGAGAUGGUGGCGCUGCUGUUGGCACAAGGUGCAAAUAUAAAUGCCCAGACAGAAGAAACCCAAGAAACUGCCCUUACCUUGGCUUGCUGUGGAGGCUUUUCUGAAGUUGCAGAUUUCCUGAUUAAGGCAGGGGCUGACAUAGAACUUGGCUGCUCCACACCUCUCAUGGAGGCUUCCCAGGAGGGACACCUGGAGUUGGUUAAAUAUUUGCUGGCUGCUGGUGCUAAUGUGCAUGCUACCACAGCAACAGGAGACACAGCUUUAACCUAUGCUUGUGAAAAUGGACAUACAGAUGUUGCAGAUGUUUUACUUCAAGCAGGGGCACAUUUAGAACAUGAAUCUGAAGGUGGAAGAACACCUUUGAUGAAGGCUGCAAGAGCUGGUCAUUUGUGCACUGUUCAGUUUCUUAUUAGCAAAGGUGCCAACGUGAAUAGGGCUACGACCAAUAAUGAUCACACAGUAGUGUCACUGGCAUGUGCAGGUGGUCACUUGGCAGUAGUUGAACUACUCUUGGCUCAUGGAGCUGACCCUACUCAUCGACUCAAGGAUGGAUCAACAAUGCUUAUUGAAGCUGCAAAAGGUGGCCAUACUAAUGUUGUUUCUUAUCUGUUGGAUUAUCCAAAUAAUGUUCUGUCGGUUCCCACCACAGAUGUGUCUCAGCUUACCUCUCCUUCACAAGAUGAAUCUCAGGUUCCACGUGUACCCAUACACACACUUGCCAUGGUUGUGCCUCCCCAGGAACCUGACAGAACUUCCCAGGAGACGUCUCCUGCUCUUUUAGGAGUACAAAAAGGUGCAUCCAAGCAGAAGUCCAGUUCCCUGCAGGUAGCAGAUCAGGACCUACUGCCAUCUUUUCACUCAUACCAGCCUUUGGAAUGCAUAGUAGAGGAGACUGAAGGCAAGCUGAAUGAACUGGGACAAAGAAUUAGUGCUAUUGAAAAAGCACAGCUUAAGUCAUUGGAGUUAAUUCAAGGAGAGCCUCUGAACAAGGAUAAGAUAGAAGAACUUAAAAAGAACAGAGAAGAACAAGUCCAGAAGAAGAAGAAAAUACUGAAAGAACUACAGAAAGUAGAAAGGCAGUUGCAGAUGAAAACACAGCAGCAGUUUACCAAAGAAUACUUGGAAACCAAAGGUCAGAGGGAGACAGAGUCUCAACAGUGCUCUCAUAGAGGAGUCUCCGUGGCAGGCGAAGAAGAUGGCAGUCUCCCAGGGGAUCACUCUUCAGAAUCACCCCAGGUUGAUACAGUCUUAUUUAAAGAUCAUGGUAUUGGUGAUGAACAAUCUCCUUCAGCAGCAGAAGAAAUUGAUUUUGUCCCAGUCCAGCCUCUAUCAUCUCCACAGUGUAACUUUUCCAGUGACUUAGGUUCUAAUGGGACAAAUUCUCUUGUGCUUCAGAAAGUAUCAGGUAACCAGCAGAUCGUAGGACAGCCUCAGAUUGCUAUUGCUGGACAUGAGCAGGGGCUGUUAGUACAAGAGCCAGAUGGACUCAUGGUUGCAACUCCAGCCCAGACGCUUACCGACACUCUUGAUGACCUGAUAGCAGCUGUGAGUACCAGAGUGCCUGCUGGUUCAAACAAUCCCCCUCAAACCAUAGAAUGUCCUACACCCGAAUCCUGUUCUCAGACUCCAAGCAAUAUGGUUUCCCCAUCCAUACCCCCUGUAUAUCCUUCAGUUGACAUUGAUGCACAUACUGAAAGCAAUCAUGACACAGCUUUAACACUGGCCUGUGCAGGUGGUCAUGAAGAACUUGUAUCUGUUCUCAUUGCACGAGACGCUAAAAUUGAGCACAGAGACAAAAAAGGUUUUACCCCACUGAUCCUGGCUGCAACAGCAGGGCAUGUUGGAGUUGUUGAAAUCCUUUUGGAUAAAGGUGGAGAUAUAGAGGCACAGUCUGAACGAACUAAGGAUACUCCACUUUCUUUGGCAUGUUCUGGUGGACGUCAGGAGGUGGUUGAUUUGCUGCUGGCCAGAGGAGCCAAUAAAGAACAUAGAAAUGUGUCUGAUUAUACACCACUGAGUCUGGCUGCAUCUGGAGGAUAUGUGAAUAUUAUUAAGAUUUUGCUUAAUGCUGGAGCAGAAAUUAAUUCAAGGACUGGGAGUAAACUAGGUAUUUCUCCUCUGAUGUUGGCUGCAAUGAAUGGACAUGUUCCUGCAGUGAAAUUGCUGCUUGAUAUGGGUUCAGAUAUUAAUGCACAAAUAGAGACCAAUCGGAACACAGCUCUCACGCUGGCUUGUUUCCAGGGCCGAGCAGAAGUAGUGAGUUUGCUUUUGGACCGUAAAGCCAAUGUUGAACAUAGGGCAAAGACUGGUCUUACCCCCUUAAUGGAAGCAGCUUCUGGGGGCUAUGCAGAGGUUGGAAGAGUUCUCCUUGAUAAAGGAGCAGAUGUCAAUGCUCCUCCUGUGCCUUCCUCAAGAGACACUGCUUUGACAAUAGCAGCAGACAAAGGCCAUUAUAAAUUCUGUGAGCUCCUGAUAAACAGAGGAGCCCAUAUUGAUGUUCGUAACAAGAAGGGAAAUACACCACUUUGGCUGGCAUCCAAUGGUGGUCAUUUUGAUGUAGUACAAUUGCUAGUGCAAGCAGGUGCUGAUGUGGAUGCAGCAGACAACCGAAAAAUCACACCUCUUAUGUCAGCAUUUCGAAAGGGUCAUGUAAAAGUUGUUCAGUAUUUGGUGAAGGAAGUCAAUCAGUUUCCAUCUGAUAUAGAAUGCAUGAGAUACAUAGCAACGAUUACAGAUAAGGAACUACUGAAAAAGUGUCACCAAUGUGUUGAGACAAUUGUGAAGGCUAAAGACCAGCAGGCUGCAGAAGCAAAUAAAAAUGCAAGCAUUCUCCUAAAAGAGCUUGAUCUGGAAAAGUCAAGAGAAGAGAGCAGAAAGCAAGCUCUUGCAGCUAAAAGAGAGAAGAGAAAAGAAAAGAGAAAAAAGAAAAAAGAGGAACAGAAGAGGAAACAAGAAGAUGAGGAGAACAAACCUAAAGAGAAUUCAGAACAACCAGAGGGUGAAGAUGAAGAAGAGAAUGAUGAAGAUGUGGAACAAGAAAUUCCCAUAGAGCCUCCAAGUGCAACCACCACCACCACCAUUGGAAUCUCUGCUACAUCUGCUACAUUCACAAAUGUGUUUGGGAAAAAAAGAGCCAAUGUAGUGACAACCCCCAGUACCAACCGGAAACAUAAGAAGAAUAAGACAAAAGAAUCUCCUCCCACUGCACAUUUAAUCUUACCUGAAUCUCAUAUAUCUUUAGCACAACAAAAAGCAGAUAAAAAUAAAAUAAAUGGAGAAUCUAGAGGUGGUGGUACAGGUGGGAAUAGUGAUUCGGAUAACUUAGAUAGCACAGACUGCAACAGCGAGAGUAGUAGUGGUGGUAAAAGUCAAGAGUUAAAUUUCACUGUGGAUAUGAAUUCUACCAACGACAGAAGGGGCCCCUCAGUUCUCAGCUCUCAAGAAGAAAAGACAAUUACUGCCACUUCCAAGAGUCAGACACGCCUUGAAGGUGAAGCAAAUUCUAAUUCCUUAUCAGCAAGCUACAAGUCAUUGCCAUUGAGCUCUCCAACCAUGAAAAUGAAUCUCACUAGUCCUAAAAGGGGUCAAAAAAGAGAAGAAGGAUGGAAAGAAGUUGUUAGAAGGUCAAAGAAAUUAUCUGUUCCAGCCUCAGUGGUGUCCAGAAUAAUGGGAAGAGGAGGAUGCAACAUUACAGCAAUUCAAGAUGUUACUGGUGCCCAUAUUGAUGUGGAUAAACAAAAAGAUAAGAAUGGAGAGAGAAUGAUUACAAUAAGGGGUGGUACAGAAUCAACAAGAUAUGCAGUUCAGCUUAUCAAUGCACUUAUUCAAGAUCCUGCAAAGGAACUAGAAGACUUGAUUCCUAAAAACCAUAUCAGGACACCUGCAAGUACCAAGACCAUUCAUACAAACUUCUCAUCUGGAGUAGGCACCGCAGCAACUUCCAGCAAGAAUGCAUUUCCCUUAGGUGCUCCAGCUCUUGUAACAUCACAGGCAACAACAUUAUCUACCUUCCAGCCCACUAAUAAACUUAGUAAGAAUGUGCCAACAAAUGUACGAUCUCCUUUCCCAGUUUCUCUUCCCUUAGCUUAUCCUCAUCCUCAUUUUGCUUUGCUGGCUGCUCAGACUAUGCAACAGAUUCGGCAUCCUCGCUUACCCAUGGCACAGUUUGGAGGAACCUUCUCACCUUCACCUAACACUUGGGGACCAUUCCCAGUGAGACCUGUGAAUCCUGGCAAUGCAAAUAGUUCGCCAAAGCAUAAUAAUACAGCCCGUCUACCUAACCAAAAUGGACCUGUUUUACCAUCAGAAUCUCCUGGACUAGCUACCGCCAGUUGUCCUAUCACUGUCUCUUCUGUGGUUGCUGCCAAUCAGCAACUAUGUAUGACUAAUACUCGGACUCCUUCAUCAGUGAGAAAGCAGUUGUUUGCUUGUGUGCCUAAGACCAGUCCUCCAGCAACAGUGAUUUCCUCUGUGACAAGCACUAGUAGUUCCUUGCCUUCUGUUUCUUGCACAUCUACCACUACUGGACAAGUUACCACCACCUUUAUAUCUGCAACUAAUCCUCAAGUACAACUUUCUUCACAAAAGAUAGAGUCUUUCUCUGCUGUACCACCUCCCAAAGAGAAAGCGUCCACACAGGACCAGCCCUUGACAAACCUAUGUACACCAUCUCCAACUGCAAACAAUUGUAAUAGCUCUACCAGCAACACCUCAGGACCUCCAGACACUCACCCAUCCAGUAGUCCUACUCCUCCCUCCAAUAAUACACAAGAAGAGGGACAGCCAUCCAAUGUGUCUGAUUUAAAUCCUAUGUCAAUGCCUUUUGCCUCUAACUCAGAACCUGCUCCAUUGACGUUACCGUCACCUAGAUUGGUCACUGCUGAUAAUCAGGACACUGGUAAUUUACCUCAGUUAGCUGUACCAACACCUCGAGUUUCUCAUCGAAUGCAGCCUAGAGGUUCUUUUUACUCAGUGGUACCAAAUGCAACUAUACACCAGGAUCCCCAGUCAAUCUUUGUUACCAAUCCUGUUCCUUUAACACCACCACAAGGCCCACCAGCUGCAGUGCAGCUUUCCUCAGCUGUAAACAUGAUGAAUGGGUCUCAGAUGCACAUAAAUCCAGCAAAUAAGUCUUUGCAACCUACGUUUGGCCCAGCCACACUUUUUAAUCACUUCAGCAGUCUUUUUGAUAGCAGUCAGGUGCCAGCUAACCAAGGGUGGGGAGAUGGUCCACUGCCCUCAAGAGUUGCUGCAGAUGCUUCUUUCACUGUUCAGUCAGCUUUCCUGAGUAACUCUGUACUCGGACACUUGGAAAAUGUGCACCCUGAUAACUCCAAGGCACCUGGCUUCAGACCACCUUCCCAGAGAGUUUCUACCAGUCCAGUUGGGUUGCCAUCCAUUGAUCCAUCAGGUAGCUCCCCAUCUGCUGCUGCUCCUCUGACAAGUUUCUCUGGCAUACCAGGAACAAGGGUUUUCCUGCAAGGGCCAGCACCUAUCAGAAUUCAUAGUUUCAACAGACAACAUUUUUCUCCCCAUCCUUGGACAAGCACCUCAAACACAUCCACUUCUGCACCACAAACAUUGGGCCAACAACCAAAAGGAAACAGUGCCAGUCAGGAUCGAAAGAUACCUCCUCCUAUUGGAACAGAGAGGCUGGCCAGAAUUCGGCAGGGAGGAUCUGUUGCACAAGCGCCUGUGGGGACCAGUUUUGUUGCUCCUGUUGGACACAGUGGGAUCUGGUCAUUUGGUGUCAAUGCUAUGUCAGAAGGUUUAUCAGGUUGGUCACAAUCUAUGAUAGGGAACCAUCCAAUGCAUCAACAAUUAUCAGACCCAAGCACAUUCUCCCAGCAUCAACCAAUGGAGAGAGAUGAUUCUGGAAUGGUAGCUCCCUCUAACAUUUUUCACCAGCCUAUGGGGCUGCCGAUUUCCAUGUAUGGUGGCACCAUCAUACCCUCUCAUCCUCAGCUUGCUGAUGUUCCAGGGGGCCCACUGUUCAAUGGACUUCACAACCCAGAUCCUGCUUGGAAUCCUAUGAUAAAAGUUAUCCAGAAUUCAACUGAAUGCACUGAUGCCCAGCAGGCCAGUGUGCUUUCUUCAGUCCCUGCUCUCAAGGGGGAAAUUCCAUCACCUCAGCUAACCAGACCAAAGAAGAGAAUUGGACAGCCAAUACUAGCCUCUUCUAACCAGAGGCACCAGGAUCAUCUACGACCGAAAGUUCCUGCUGCAGUGCAAGAACUCACCCAUUGCCCGGACACCUCCCUGUUGCCUCCCUCAGAUUCCCGGGGUCACAACUCGCCCAACAGUCCCACCCUCCAAGCUGGAGUUGCUGAAGGAACAGAAGCAGACAGAGGAAGAGAUAACAGAUGACGAACAAUUUGAAAUGGACAUGUAAUACAAUGGAAGAUGACCUGUGUGGAGUUACAGAAGGAUCCCUUAUGCCACUGUUGCCACCACCUCUUCUAGGGUAUCCAAGGGCCAGCUGGCCUCAUCUAAUCUGGAAGAGUGAAUUGUUGGUUCUGGACUUCCUUUAGUUCUGAGGCAGCUGGACCAGGGAUAGCAGUGGGCACUUGCCAAGCCCUUAGCUUUCUCUGGUCUAUACAUGUUCCUCCCAAAACCCUGGCCCUCCCCUCAGGGCUGGCACUGGGGAACAGAGUAUGUCACCUUCUGGCUGCUUAGUAAACAUUCAACAAAAUGC